UGUCUUCAUAAGUAGAGAAAACAGUUCUUUACCGGCGCCAUUGGGCGGAUAUCUUCGUUCACUUUCGCCGGCAAUCACAGCCCCGCCGGAGCAACUUCGCCUAAACAUUCUAGUUUCCUAUCCGCUGCUGAUUUGAGAUCUGUCAGACUUUGUUUCGGACAAAUCGACGGUGUCUGAUAUGUCGCCUGAAAGCGGCACGCUUGUCCAUGAUAUCUUCUCGGCGGGUCUGACGUUGGGGGUGGUCUUAGGGUUGCUCAUAUUCUGGGGGGAGAUAGCGAAGAGGAGCUUUUUUGAGCAGACGACAAUCAGGAAGCUGGUGCAUAUAAGUGUUGGGUUGGUGUUUAUGUUUUGUUGGCCUCUAUUCAGUCCCAGCCCUCUGGCGCCAUUUCUUGCAGCUGUAGCUCCAGGUAUCAACAUAAUACGAAUGCUGCUCUUGGGGCUUGGAAUAUGGAAAAAUGAAGCAGUUGUCAAGUCAAUGACCAGAAAAGGAGACUACAGGGAACUUUUGAGGGGACCACUAUGCUAUGCUUGCUCCCUUACACUAUCAACCACAAUCUUUUGGCGAACUUCUCCUAUUGCUAUUGCUGCAAUCUGCAAUCUGUGUGCUGGAGAUGGAGUUGCGGAUAUGUUUGGGAGACGAUUUGGAAAGAAAAAAUUGCCUCACAAUCCUAGCAAGUCCUUUGCAGGUUCCAUUUCAAUGGCAAUUGCAGGUUUCAUGGCAUCCAUUGGGUUCAUGCAUUACUUCGCUUCAUUUGGAUUCGUGGAGGAGAGCUGGAGCAUGUUCUGGCGUUUCAUGCUUGUAUCAUUAGCUGCAGCAAUUGUGGAGUCAUUGCCUAUCCAUUCAGAGCUGGAUGACAACUUAACUGUGUCAUUGACGUCUUUGCUUGUUGGUGCUGUUGUUUUCUGAUGUUGAACCUGGAGUAUUCUAUUCUAAUUGAAUAAGGGUAUGUUUUGUCUCAUGGGAACCCAUGAAGGUUUCUGAGUCGUAAUAAGCAGAGCUACCAGUUCUUCAUGACUGUACUGAAGCUGGAUUUGUUUUUCUGUUUAUUUUAUUGUCUGUGGCUAUUUAUUUUUGAAAUAUUUCAGGAAGUUGAAUUUUUGAGUGAUUCUCUUUUUCAUAUAGUUUUUUAAGUUUUGA